AUGGGUAUCUCCGUGAUUCUGGGGCUCGUCUUGCUUGUCACAGGAUGGUUCGGAUGGCGAAGAAAUACGAUAAACAAUAGUCUUUACGGCACAAUACCAUGCGUUGGUGUUCAAAAAGAUGAAUGGUUUGCAUGGACCAGAGCAAAACUCCGUAGCUUCUCAAAAACAGAAGAGUGGAUGAAGGAGGGAUACGAGAAAUACUCAAGACACAAUCAACCAUUCAUCAUUCCUUCAUUUCGAAAAGGCAAAGUUCUCAUUCUUCCCCCCGCCCAACUAAAGACCAUCUACAACAAACGUGAGAAUGAGCUGCAAGCUCACGAUCCAGCCUCAGAAGCUCUUUCUUUUGAAUGGACCGUCUGCGAUCAGGAGGUUUAUCCAAGCAAUUACACAGUCGAUGUGAUUCGCAAGUGGAUUACCAAGAGAUUCGACGAGUUUGCAGCUGAAUUGCAGGAGGAACUAUGUCUUGCCGUGGAUGAACAGUUCGGCAUGAGUCAAGAGUGGAGAGAGGUAAAGCUCUGGCCAGCUGUGCAGAGAAUAUUCACCCGAGGCCUGAACAGAGUUCUUGUGGGAUUUCCACUAUGCAGAGACGCAGUGUUCCUUGAGACCAUGCGCCGGUUUGCUAUCGACAUGCCAUUUCAGGGUUUGUUCAUAACCUUAGUUCCGAAAAUCCUCAAGCCGAUUCUGGCUCCCUUGAUAUCAUGGAAUUCCAGACGGGACACAAAGGCAGGCAUCAAGUACUGUGCCCCAAUUAUACAGCAGUAUCUGGACAAGAAUCGGGAUCCUUUGCAAGAAAAGCCGGUCAACAUCCUCCAAUGGAUCGUAGAAGCCAGUGCCGCCACUGGCGACCCCUCUCAACUCAACCCUCACCGCAUAGGUCAUCGCAUGAUGAUCCUUAAUUUCAACCUCGUGCAAGGCGGGUCAAUUCCAUUUAGCACUGUUCUCAGCGACAUUUGCAAUGGUGAACACGCAGCCUCGACCUUCUCCCAACUCCGCGAUGAGGCAGCAUCAGUCUUGGCUUCUAACAAGACCUGGGAUCGCGCAACCAUCUCCAAGCUCGUCCUCGCCGACUCAGCAAUUCGCGAGUCAAUGCGCUGGUCCGACUUUGGCCUCUUUGCACUCCCCCGUCGUGUCAAUUCCCCUGGUAUAACUCUCGACAAUUGUAUUCACGUUCCGCCUGGUGUUCAUAUCGAAGUCCCGAUGCAUAGCAUACAUAUGGACGAGGACUUUUACGCAGAUGCAGGCUCCUUCAAGCCGUUUCGCUUUGCGGACGGAACUUCUGCGUCUCGUUCGGCUGUGACUCUUGACGAUAGUUUUCUUGGCUUCGGUUAUGGGAAGAACGCAUGCCCGGGGCGAUUCUUUGGCUCGCACGUCAUGAAGGUCGUGUUGGCUUAUUUCGUUAUGAAUUAUGACGUGGAGUUUGGGGAUAAGGAGCCUCCAAUGAAGACCAUGUGGGAAUACAGAAUACCAAGGGAGAACACUGCCAUCAGGAUUCGCAGGAGACUUAGUCAUUGA